GCUCUCUGGUCAACAAUGUGUGAGGAAGUGAAAAUCAAGAGUUCAGCUCAACUCAAUUUUCUGAUUUAAAGCAUUUUUCAGUAUGUCUGCAACACAUUGGUCAUUGGUCUAUUGCAAGUCUUAAGAUAAAUUAAACAGGAAACAGCAACACAACUGGUCAUGUCAGACAGCCUUCAAUCAGCCACUCUGAUUGUAGUUUUAGACAUCAAAUACCGGUUGGUACAAGUGCUUUUAUAAUUACUGAUAACUACAGCAGUAAAAGAUCAGGAUUACUGUAAAGAGAAGAAUGGAGAUGAGUAAGGAGAUUUAUAAAAAGGAAGAAGUUGAAUCAAAUAAUAGAGCUGAUUCCUGUGACAUUGAGCAUUCAUAUGAAGAUGUUAAUGUGAAUAAGAACAAUUUGCAGACCAAAAGGGCCAGAAGCUUCAAACAAUCUGAGAGCUCAGGAGGAGAGACUACAAGAAGCCAAUGUUACAGACUGACUGCAGUGUGUUUGCUGGUGCUGUGUGUUCUUCUGAUGACUGCAAUCACAAUUCUGUGGAUCAAAUUCAACACACUUGAUGCUGAAAACCACCAGUUACAAACCAGAUACAACACCCUGAAUAAAGAGAGAGAUCUGUAUCAGACCAGAAACAACACCCUGAAUAAAGAGAGAGAUCUGUUACAGACCAGAAACAACACCCUGAAUAAAGAGAGAGAUCUGUUACAGACCAGAAACAACACCCUGACUAAAGAGAGAGACCAGUUACAGACCAGUUACAACACCCUGACUAAAGAGAGAGACCAGUUACAGACCAGUUACACCACCCUGACUAAAGAGAGAGACCAGUUACAGACCAGUUACAACACCCUGACUAAAGAGAGAGACCAGUUACAGACCAGUUACAACACCCUGACUAAAGAGAGAGACCAGUUACAGACCAGUUACAACACCCUGACUAAAGAGAGAGACCAGUUACAGACCAGUUACAACACCCUGACUAAAGAGAGAGACCAGUUACAGACCAGUUACAACACCCUGACUAAAGAGAGAGACCAGUUACAGACCAGUUACAACACCCUGACUAAAGAGAGAGACCAGUUACAGACCAGUUACAACACCCUGACUAAUGAGAGAAAUAACUUACAGAGAGAUAAAAAUGAGCUCCAGAGGUUUUCUAAACUGGAAUGGAUAUAUUUCAGCACCAGUGUUUACUACAUCUCUAAUGUAGCUAAGAGCUGGCCUGAGAGCAGACAGGACUGCAGUGAGAGAGGAGCAGGCCUGGUGAUCAUAAACAACAGAGAGGAACAGGAGUUCCUCAGUAAAAUGCAGUGCAGCAGAAAAGCCUGGAUUGGUCUAAAUGACAGAGACUCUGAGGGAGUGUGGAAGUGGCCGGAUGAUACACCACUGACCACUGGGUACUGGGGAGAUGGUGAACCUAACGAUAAAGAUGAGCACUGUGUUAUCACAGGUGAAAUGUCUGAUUCUCUCUGGACCUGGGCUGAUUAUCCCUGUCAUCAUGAGUUUAUUUGGAUCUGUGAGAAGACAAUCUUUAACUAACGAAAAGCAUUCAACUGAAUUUACAUUAUUACAUUAUUGUGUCUGAAAAAUCCUCAGCAUCAUAAUUUUGCCUGUUUUUCUAGCAGCGACAUGGAAGCAUGAAUUAAAUGAAAUUCCCAAUUAAAUGAAACGAGGAAUUGAAAAGAAACAGUCUAUAAUUUGUCUUUAAUUAAGGAGGGGAACACUUCCCAAGCA